UUUAUAUCUAAGAAAUAUUUACUAGAGUGAAAAAUUACUGCUUUAGAUUCUUGUAGUCGCAAUGUUCGAUACAACCAAAUACUUUCCACGUUCGGUUGACUCGGAUCACCCAUCACAAUUGGAGCCCGAAGAGCCUCCUUCUUUGGAUUACCCAGUUAAAUAUGAUAUGGUUCAUAAUCCAAGAGGAACUUCUCAGGAUCCUAGUGCUAUAGAAGUGGCAUCGGAAGAUGCUCCAGAUUCCCAAACUGAAGAUCCCGCUUCCACUUCAGCUCCCCAAUUGAUGAUUAUAUUUGAGGAAGGGGACUUCGAUAGCGCCCUGCACUUUCUCAUUGAAUCGGUUCAUAAUCCCUUUGCCUCGAAUGCGGUGGCAAUGGUUCUGGUUGAGGAGAAAAUUCGUGAAGAGAUCUUUAGGAGAAUCCUACCUAAGCUACAUCCCCUUUCUGAGUUCGUGGCAGAACAUCCUAACUUUCUGGCCUCCCUGGACAAAUUGGAGUCCUCUUAUAAGGAAAUAAUAAGGGCUGACAGUACCGAGGUGGCCCCUCCACUGGCUUCACCGGUUUUUGUCUGCGAAUGCACCCACGAUGAGCUCGGAAGCUACCCAACUGGAGUUAUAACAUUCUACACAUUCCGCAACAACCGGGAGGCCAUUGACAUAUGCCAGCGGGAAACCCUGCCCUUCGCAUCCGUCUCCAUUUGGAACGAAACUUUGGGCGGAUGCUAUGAUCUCGUGGUGGCCCUCAGUUCAGCCAAUUACUUUCUGAACUGCUGCAAUGUGGAUUUGACACCGAUUUCCAAGCAUCGCGAUGCCGAGAAAAAUCACGUUGUAAAUGCAAAUGGAUUUCACUUUGAAACCCUGCGAAUCUUCAAUAAGUGGAAAGUCAUUGUAUUUCCUAUUGGUGAACUAAUUUUGCCGGGAACCGAAGAUUCCAAGAAGGAAGAACAGCCCAUCUCCUUUUUGGAGGCCUAAGAUUGAGAUAUCUCGUUUGUUUCCUUAUCAUUUCGGUUGCCAAAAAUGUUUGCUAAAUACAAAUUUCAAGUUA